CAGCCGGUUAUUUCAUUCACACAAAACAUUCAAUUUAGCACAUUUUUUCCCCCGGCAGGGACGGGGGGGUCAUUGUCUCUUAUUUUCUUCCGUCUCUUUGCCUCCUCUUCUGAUGUGUCUUUCUGUUCAUCUUUUGUUUCUGCUAAGGGAAAGCAGACCUGCUGCCCCCCCUCUCUUUUGCGAGGCUGGAAAGGAAGAUAUUUAGAGGGACUGCAGUGCGAAAUCUGCAGCACAGUGAGAGCGGAAGCUGCUUAUGAAUGAGCAGCAGCCGUUCGUUCGUCUUUGCUGCACGCUUCUGAGGACAUUUUAUAUGAAUGUGCGCUUCUUGCUGCCGGGGAGACGAUGAUGAGCUGCCUUUUCUGGGAGAUUCUUGAGCUUUUUUGUCACAUCACUUUUUUCUUUUUUAACUCACAACAAUGUGGCUCCCAAUUAUUAUUUUGUUCCCUUUCUUUUAAGAUGCGUUUACAAGUUUGCACUGGGAUUUUAUGAAUCGGCUUGUUAAUUGAGAGAUAGAUUUCUCGUUUUUUCACCAUUUUUUCCUCAAAAAUUAAGGAAGCGCUUUUAAUGAGGUUCUGAUUAUUUUUUGGAAGGAAGGCAGCAAGUUCAGUAAGUGGCCAGUUUGUUUUAUGUUGUACAGUUAUUGUAUAAUAUAAUAAUCCUCAUUGGGAAAAAUCCCUAAAUUCUUUUCUUUUCCUUUUAUUGAUGUAAUUGAAAUCUUUGAAUUUAUUUUAAAAAAAUAUAUUUUUUGCACAAGGAACAUCAUUUAUUGUAGCAUAAUUGAUCAUGACGUAUUUAUGGAAAACCUUUUAAAUUGAAUCUUUUGUUGCUUAUCUCUUUUUGACCACUACAUGCUGUGGCAUCCUCAUGUCGAAAUAUUCAAGCGACUGCUGGUCUCAAUUCAUCAGAAAUGAUGCAGAAUUGUUAUUUAAGGACUGACACUGUCAGGCUUCUUCUUCUUAUUCCAUUUCCCCCCCAAGAAAAGUAAAUAAAAGGGGAAAUGUUUCUAGAGAUUCAGCAUGGAAUUUAAAAAUUGAUUGGCUCCAGUGUGCUAUAAGUGGGAGUUUUUUCCCCCCUCUCUCCCUCGAACAGGAAGUGAUUUGCAGUGUUCAGCAAGCCUUUUGUUGGGAAGGUUUUCUCAGAUCAGUGAGUCAUGCUUUAGCUCUGAGCCGGCAGGCAGGCAGCAGAGUAUUUGCUCUUCAAUUUCAGUGUCCGUGAUCAUCAGCCGUGGAGAUUUUGUAUUUUUAUUUUUUCCUCCUGUUUCACUUUUUGGAUUUUAAGGCAGGAAUCUACAGCAAAACAGCACGGGAAAAGCUACACCACAGCAGCUUUUUCUUCCUUUCCCUUCCUCUGUCUCAGAUGUUGUGUUUCCACGGAUUGUGUGUAUAUAUUCCUCUGUGACGGAUCGCCUGCAGCUCUGGAUUUUACUCCGCGGGGAUUGGACUUUGGUGGCAGCGCCAGAAUCGGCCCCAACUCACCACCAACACUGUAACCUUAACAAGGAAGGAAAAAAAUCAGUGAGGUGGCCUGUAACAGCUGAAUGGCGUCUGCUGCCUGCGUUGCUGCUGCUAUGUCACAGGAGAGGAGGAUCAUCUCGGCGGCUCGGCCACGUCUGCCAGCAGGCUUGUGAGGAAGGCAGGCGGUGCGUGUUGGUUGGUGGAGGCAGGCGUUUCAGCAAGAGAGGGAAGGGUAUGCUUCACCGUACCAAGUACAACCGCUUCAGGAAUGAGUCAGUAACAUCGGUCGAUGAGCUUCUCCACGGCCUAUCCAUGAACCCCAAGGUCUCGGCCACCCCUCAUUCUGCAGCCGAGACGCCUUACACCCCCCCAACCGAGGUUCAGUCCUCCUCCGGCACCCCUCUGUCAAACGCCCCCACCAGCCACGGCUCAGACCACCUGGAAGAUGGAGGCACCACCCUUUGCACCCUCAUCAACAAGGUGUCCAACCUAAAAUUUAGCAACUCGGGCAGCCUGCUGGGAAUCAAAGGUCUGCCCUCGGCUGUUAAGGACCUGGCUGUGUCCAAGCUGCAGGGGGGUGGGGGAUCAGGGAGCUCCAGCGGCUCGAGCCCCAGUGCAGCCACAGCAGCAGCUGCCUCUGGUGUGGGAGGCUCUCUGUGCAGCUCCCAUUCAGUACCCUGUUCGCAACAGGAGCCAGCGCUCAGCAUGAGCAAGAAGAGCAGGCUGGACGAACUUCUGCCGAGCGGGGAGGACUGGAACCCGGGCGGAGGUGGUGGAUUGGUGAGCAAACCUUCGAGAGGAUGGCUUCACUCAAACGAGAAGAUUUCUGGUCCAGGAGUCACAUACAUCGUAAAGUAUCUGGGGUGCAUAGAAGUCUUGCGGUCGAUGAGAUCCCUGGAUUUCACAACAAGAUCACAAAUCACAAGGGAAGCCAUAAGUCUGGUGUGUGAAGCUGUUCCUGGGACCAAAGGAGCCCUCCGGAAGAAAAAGCCCCCCUCCAAAGCUCUUUCCAAUAUUUUGGGAAAGAGUAACCUGCAGUUUGCUGGGAUGUCUAUAAACCUAAAUAUCUCCACCAGUAGCCUCAACUUGAUGACCCCCGACUGCAAACAGAUCAUAGCCAACCAUCAUAUGCAGUCCAUCUCUUUUGCAUCAGGUGGAGAUCCCGACACAACAGACUUUGUUGCCUAUGUAGCAAAAGACCCUGUGAACAGAAGAGCAUGUCACAUCCUGGAAUGCGCUGAUGGCCUGGCCCAGGAUGUGAUCAGCACCAUUGGUCAGGCGUUUGACCUUCGUUUCCAGCAGUACCUGCAGUGUCCCUCGAACAAGCCGUCCUCCACACACGACAGGAUAUUGAACAUGGAGGAGCUGCCAUGGACAGAAGAAGAGGAGGAGUCAACAGAUCACCCGUACUAUAACAACAUACCCGGCAAAAUGCCACCUCCUGGAGGCUUCAUAGACACUCGACUUACCAACCAGAAUGCAGCAUCUGAAGGAUCUCAGAUGGCUACAGGGUCAGUGGAUCAAAUGUACUAUCAGGGGCGGCAUUGUGAGGGCUGGGCAGAAGAAAGAAGGCCCAUCAUUAUUCAACAGGGGUCGUUUGAUAUCGUCGGUUUCCCUGAGAGCAAAAGUCAGGCGGCGAAAACAGGAGAGAUGCCCACGUAUGUGAACACCCAGCAGAUUGAUGCGCAGGUGCUGGCGGCGCUCCAGGCGGAGGCAGAAAACGUGAUGAAGGGCAUGGCAGCCACAACCAAAGACAGCCCACAGAUGGACCUCUUUGACAUGAAGCCUUUUGAAGAUGCCAUCCAGUCCCAUCCACCGUCUCAGGGGCAAACCCAAACGCCCGUGUCGAAUCUUCACAAGGCGGCAUCUGUGGACAACUCCAGCCCCCUUCUCGUUCGAUCGCUGGCCUUCCGCGCACAAGAGGAGCUAGAGGACCAAACGUGGUACCACGGCAAAACGAGCCGCAGGGAUGCUGAAAAACUGCUGAAACAAGACGGGGACUUUCUCGUCCGCAAGAGCACUACCAAUCCAGGGUCCUACGUACUGACGGGCAUGCACAGUGGACUUGCCAAGCAUCUUUUGUUGGUGGACCCAGAAGGCACGGUACGCACAAAAGACCACAUAUUUGACAGCAUCAGCCACCUGAUUGGCCAUCAUCGUGACAACAACCUGCCAAUCGUCUCAGCGGGGAGUGAGCUGUGUCUCCUACAGCCGGUUGCAAGGAAACAGUGACGCUUCCAAUGCCUGGUGGGAAACGUACAGCUUUUUGAAGUCUCCCAUCGUUGGGACUCGAAGUUGAAACAUGAGAAGAUGCCUAAAGGAUCAGUUCACUCCUAACUGACCUGCUGUUCUGGAAUCACUGGGAGGCGCAAGAUUUGUUGAAGAGAAGAAGAAACUAUGAAGAUUUCUAGAACUGUUAAUUAUUUUGUUGCGAUGACUAAAAUGCUAUAUUUUUAAGAAGAUAAUGGUACAUUUGGACAUAAUCUUGAUUUGGUGUUUUAAGAAGGUAGAAAAAAAAGUAUAAUUCUUGUAGGAAAGAUUAUGUGUGAAUUGAACCUUGAAGAGAAUCAUAAAUAGGAGAAUAUUUUAGAAUAAAAUUCAAAAAGUUUAGUUUUGUCUGUCAAGCACAACCAUAUUUCUACAGAGGCCGUCAGACAAAUGAGUUUGAGGAUGCAGAGGCUCUUUUUGAGGAAUUUGAGUCAGACUUUAGACUCAAGAAAACCUGCUUUUCUCGACCUUUAGAACACGUUUUCGCUUCGCAGUCGCCACAAAGCACCGGGGUACAAAGGGGAUCCUCAUCUGUUUGCCGAUGGCUUUAAAGAUCCACUUUUUACAGAGUAUUUUCUUGUGUCACUGCAGUCGCAUGACUUGGACUCAACUGUUUUCGUGGCCAUAUUCGUAGAUCUUGAUACCCUUUUUAUUUGGAAGAGGUGCUUGUGUUUGCUGACACUGUAAAAUAUUUCUGCUUUUUAACCUAUUUUCAGAGGUCUUAUUUCUUUUAGGUGUGUAGUCGGUGAUUCGUUUUUGGUGCUUCGGUCAUUCGGUGGACACUCUGACACUCUUGCUCAACAUCUACAGCUUUUCUUUCUUCAUAUAAAUAUUUUUGAACCUCGAUGAGUUCGAUUUUUUUUUCCACUUAUGAAUAGCACAAUCAAAAUGUCGGUUGUACCAAGAUGUUUAGAAUUAACUGAACAUUGUUGCAUUUACACGUUUACUGGUACAAGUUCUGUGAUGAUAUCUCCAGGCAUGACCUCUAUGUAGCCACUAGAUGUCACUACAGCACUACUUCUUUGCGCCGGUCACUCAGUGUAGCUCUUUUUUUUUUGUUUUGUUUUAAAACCUUAAAAAGUUUUCAGCUGUUCUUUUGUACGAAAAAUGAUUAACCACAUUUUUGUUAAAGAGACCCAAAUUUCAGCCCGGCUAACAGAAUCCAUCCAAUGCAGAAGCCGCCUCUUCACCAUUCUUACUGUCUGGACUCUGAUGGAAACCAAAUGAAUGAGGUUUAUGGGGUUUUUUUUUAUGCACUGGACCGCUUCAUCUGAACCAAAAUCAGCCCAUGUUCAAUGAGAUUGACAAGACAGAUGCAAUGUAAAAUAACGUGCCUGUGUUCUGCUGCAAGAGGGAGCUUUCAUGCGUCUCACUACCACACAUUUAGCCAAAAAGGAGUGUUGGGAAGGUAGCCCUUCUACACCUUUCACUUCAGAGUUUUUUCUAAAGCAGUAUGCUAACAUUAUGGAUUGAAGCAUUAUUAUUUUUCGAAGGACCCACAACAACAACAACAGAAACGACUCCAUACUUGAAUCUCUGCUAACACAAAAGGAUUCACUCUGAGAAAUCAACCAAACACGCUGGGACACUAAUAGGCGUCUUUACUAUUUUACGUUGAUGAAAAUGUGCCUUUUAUUUGUACAAAUAGUGUUUUCUCUUUCUUUUUCCCCUCCUUUUUUAAAGUGCAAUAGCUGAUCUUCAAUGGGGCAUGCCUGUUAACUAAAGGUUGUGUUUUGCCCUGCUGCGCAGUUGCUGCUUGAGACUACUGUUUUGGUUCUAUAUCUCUGUCUCCCUCCCUCCCACUCUCUUAUUAUGUAUUAUAAAUGUAUCAUUUCCAUAUUCUGAAUAUAAAUCUUUGUCAGAGGGAUUCUCACAGAAGCUCACUAUUUUGGAACAAGUAAUUUCAAGAGAAAAGAAAUAAAAAGCUGUUUUAAAUGAUGUUUACAGGUUGAAUCCUUUGGUUUGGGUUUAUCCUUCUUCUGUACGACUGUGGGCAAUAAAACCGUGAAUGUGUUGAA